GGGCAGAUUCCGAAUGGAAAAUGAUAUUGCUGAGAUACUUCAACCCAGUUGGUGCUCAUCCCAGUGGUUAUAUUGGUGAGGAUCCUCAUGGAAUUCCAAAUAAUCUCAUGCCAUAUGUUCAACAAGUAGCAGUUGGCAGACGUGCCGCAUUGACAGUAUUUGGAAAUGAUUAUAAUACAGUUGAUGGCACUGGGGUGCAUGAUUAUAUUCAUAUUAUUGAUUUAGCAGAUGGGCAUGUAGCUGCAUUGCGUAAACUAGAUGAUCCUAAUAUAGGUUGUGAGGUGUACAAUUUAGGAACAGGAAAGGGAACAUCAGUUUUAGAGAUGGGUAAAGCUUUUGAAAAGGUCUCUGGAAAGAAAAUUCCACUUGUGAUGGCUGGUCGGAGGCCUGGUGAUGCUGAAAUUGUUUAUGCAUCAACAGAAAAAGCAGAGAGAGAACUUAAUUGGAAGGCAAAAUAUGGCAUUGAAGAUAUGUGCCGUGAUCUAUGGAAUUGGGCGAGCAAAAACCCUUAUGGCUAUAAAUCACAAGAUUCCACCAAGCAAAGCUAAUU